GUUACAGUUUUGACUUUCCGCGAAUCACACAUACAUUCGGUAAUUCAUAUUCGAACCUUGUGCACGUGGUGCAUAUGUGCUGUUGUCGUUCCGCGCUGUUAUCGAUAUCAUUUUUCACCUCUUUCUGUCUGUUCAGCCGCUGUACUGAAUUCACUCAGCUCGACUAGUAUUCAUUGAUAUUUUUGGGCGAUUUGUUCGAGAGAAUUCGAUUGAAAUUUUGGGGAAAUGUUUUCGAAUUGGUUAACAUCAACAACGACGACUGCAUCAGCAUUACAAACGAAUGCACCAGAUGUGAUACUAGAAAUUGGUCCAUUGCCAUUUUCACGAUUCGCUGCACACAGUACGUUGUUGGCGGCACACAGCGGCUAUCUGAGAUCGAUUUUACGGCCGGACGAACGCAUUCAAGACUGUCCAAUUUAUGUACCAAAUGUAACAGCUGAACAUUUCACGCCGCUGUUAACGUACAUGUACACGGGAUUUUUGGAUUUGAAUGUUGAGAACAUUUUCGGUGUACUGUUGGCCACGCAUGUGUUGCACAUGCCACGAGCAUUGGAAAUUUGUCGCAGCUUUCUUGCACGCAUUCAAUCGGAAGGAUAUUCGAGUAAUGGGUUUUUCGAAAAGUUACCAUCACCAUCGCCAUUGGCAUCAAGUGACGCAAUCAAAGUGGUUCGACCGAUUGCAAGCAAAGCAACAAGCGGUGGCUUAGCAUUCGUUGCACCACCAGUUACAAAACCUGUACUUGGAAGUUAUGAUACACCGUUUAAAAGUAUCAAUUUAACCAUGGGCGCAAGUAAUGUUGAUCUGUGUGAGAGUUAUGGAAAAAUCGACGAGAAAAUUGUGGUCGAAGAGAAUACGAAUCGUGAAUCAUCCGAAGCUAGUACAUCGCAAAGUGUUGAUGUCGAUCGAUUGACACCUGAACCAGAAUUGAAGGAUGACACGAAAUUAAUUGCUAAACCACCAUCGAAAUUUCGCAAGCGAUCGCACAGCCGAACAAAUUCGUCGCAAAGUCCCACUUUAAACGACGACAUUGUGGAAAAAGAAAAAGAAAGUUUGCAAGAAGUGGGUGAAUCCGAAAAGUUUAUCGUUGAUGUGGCAAGUUGUGAUGGUCCUGUACGAUUUCAACGCGUUCUAAACGAUGCAUACGGCCGUUUCCCGCAGAACACUUGUUCAACCGUCGCAGCAAAGCAAAUGCAACACGUUGAACGCAAAAGAGCACACAUGACUAACUCAUUUCACUUACAAAUGGCCCGUAACAUAUCGGAGCGUCAAGCAAUCGAAGCCGAUCGAACGGAUUCCGAAAAUAGUGAAGAAAUUGUUGUACACGAUCGCACCGACAAAUCAUCAAAGAGUGAUCGCAUAAAAUGCAAAAAUAACUGCAUCGCCAGUGCAACAACGAAAUCCGAAGAGCUGUACAAUUGCGUCUAUUGUAAGCACACAUUUAAAAGUCAGUAUUGUUAUCAGAAGCAUGCCAAGCGGCACAUUAAUCCGUUAUCGAUUGAGAGUUCAAUCGAAAGUGGUGGUGGUGGUCAGAGCGUGAAUAAAAGUGAAAAUUCGUCAACAAAAAGUGUAACAAACUCGGUUGCUGCAACAUCAUCGCAUUCGUCGACAACGACGACGACGACCUCAUCAACAUCAAUAUCACAGAGUGUUGACGUGAAACGUGAGGUGCGACCACUUGACAUGAACGUUCAAUAUUAUCCGUGUAAAACGUGCGGCAGCAAAUUUCCCAGCUACUACUUUGUGCACAAACACCGUAAACUGUGCCAUGCCAACGAAGAAAAUUGAAUUUAAUUAGUCGUUCACCCAAUGCAUUGUAACACAAAUAUAGAAUGUAUACAUAUCAGAGAAAGAAAAAACCAUGAAAUUUUGGAACCAAAUAAAGAGUUUUCUUCUUUGCUUUGUAGAAUCGAUGAAGAAACGAGAAAAAAAUGAAAAUUUUGUGUGUCAUUGUCACUUGACGAAUGGAAAAAAAAUGAUUUACUUUGUAAUUAGUUAAAAAGCGCAGUCCCGUUUCAAAAACGGUG